AUGUCCCUCAUUGCUGAUGCCCAAUCCGCCGAUACUCAGUUUCAUGAAGUCCCUAUUAUCGAUCUCUCUCAAUUGUCCAGCAAGGAUCCGGAUGCUCGUCAAGCUUUAGUGGCAGCCAUUCGCGAGGCUUGUAUUCGUGUUGGAUUCUUCUAUGGUGCUUUCCUAGUCUCCAAUCAUGGAAUCCCAGAGGAAACUAUCGAAGGGGCGAAGGAGGCAGCAAAGAGAUUCUUUAGCCUCCCCCUGGAGAAGAAGAUGGAGAUUGAGAACAAAAAACAACCCAACUUCAAAGGCUACUCGCCCUUGUUCAGCGGCAAGAAUGAUCCCUAUGGUGCAGCAGACCUACAGGAAGGCUUCGAAUUCGGCUGGGAGCCACUCGAAGGGACCACGGACGAGGGUAACAAAGAGUACGACAAUGUUAGUGGUGCGAUGGCUGGAGGAAACGUGUGGCCAUCUCCCAACGAUGCUGCCGGUUUCCGAGAGGCAGCUCUGAAAUAUUACUAUGCGGCUACGGCACUUGGGAAAACCAUGUUCCCCUUAUUUGCACAGGCGGUCGAUGCACCUGCAGACUUCUUCGACGACAAGACGAAGCACUCGGCUGCCUUGAUGAGAUUGAUACAUUAUCCACCCCAGACUGGCGACGUGGAUGACAGGACUAUGGGCAUUGGAGCGCAUACUGAUUGGGAGAUCUUCACGAUUCUCUGGCAACAACCUGGCAUCCAGGCCUUGCAGGUCCUCAAUUCUUCCAACGAAUGGGUGAAUGCACCCCCGAUUCCAGGUACUUUAGUCAUCAACAUUGGAGACGAAUUGGCUCGUAUGACAAAUGGUAUCUUCAAGUCCACGGUUCAUAGAGCUGUCAAUCGGAGUGGGGUCGAGAGGUAUUCGAUCCCCUUGUUCUUUGGCAUUGAUUUCAAUACGCCCUUGGAGCCCAUCCCUACCUGCGUGUCCGCUGAACGCCCUUUCAAGUACGAGAUCAUUACCGCGGGGGAGUACAUCAAAUCGAGGCUUCAGGCCACCUAUAAUCAUUGA